CCAUAGGGAUGCAUACGCACUCACAGAGAUACGGAGAUCCGUUCCGAGGACCCCCGUUUUCACAAACAUUUGUAGUUCCGAAGCCCGUUCCGAGGACCCUCCUUUUUACAAUAAGCCCGCUCCAAGGCCCCCGUUUUUCGCCUCGCCCGCGGCACACCCCUACCACUUUUUUGGUCGAGUGCCCCCCCCGGGACGCACAACGGCCAAGAUUAUCCAAAAUGGAGUUAAAUGUCGCGGUCAGCAUACUUUUCUAUGUAUUCUUGGUGGUAACAUGUACAGUUGGCAUUGCCUUCGUGGUGUUUACGUGGUUUUUGUAUCGAUUUAACAGGAAAUAUGGACAUUUGCCUUGCCCAAGACCGACAAGCUUCUUCACUGGUCACUUGUCUCAUUUCAAUGCUGUUGCGAAGAAGCUGGAUUUCCCGCCCCUGUUGCUGAUGUACCAAUGGACGAGGGAACUCGGACCAGUCUUCUAUCUGCGAUUUGUUUUACAACCGAUGGUGGUAUGUUGCGACUCUAAAGCGGUGAAGGAAGUUUGCCUCGAUAGCCGCCAUCUUAAACCACAAAGCAUGUACGUAGGAUUCUAUUCCGUGUUUGGCGAGAGAUUCAUGGGCAACGGACUGAUCUCACAAACUGAUCACGAGAAAUGGCACACACGGCGAGCUCUCCUAAACCCAGCCUUUAAUCGAAAGUAUCUCAUGCAAAUGAUGGAUCUCUUCAACGACAGUGCGACCCGCUUGCGGGAUCACCUAGCUCCCCUAGCUGAUGGCAAAACGCUCGUAAGAAUGCUAGACCAUUUCAACGAUGUCACCUUGGAUGUAAUUGCAAAGGUUGGAUUUGACAUGGAUGUAAACGCUGUUGAGAGACCUGACUGCCCGUUCCCGUCGGCGGUGGCGCUUGCUCUUGAAGGAAUGGAUGUUAUAUUCAAGCAACCUAUGAUGAUGAUGGAUCCUCGCAGUAAGGCUCGUAAAUAUCGCCGCUCAGUGCGCGACGCCAUUAAACUGGUACGAAAAUAUGGCAAGGAUUGCAUUGAACAGAGAAGAGCGGCAAAGAAGAGAGGAGAUGAGUUGCCUAAGGACAUCUUGACAUGUAUCCUUGAAGUCGAAGACGAUCUCUGCAACGGACAAAACAUCGACACAGCAGACAUGAUUGACGAGUUUGGGACAUUCUUCGUAGCAGGUCAAGAUACCACGAGCAACCUCCUCGCGUUUACCUUACUCGAAUCUGGAAGACAUGAAGACGUGGCAAAGAGGCUAAAAGCUGAAGUUGAUGAAGUCCUGGGGAAUAAACCGGUUAUUGAGUACUCAGACCUCCCCAAGCUGGAGUAUAUGUCUCGGGUGUUUAAAGAAACAAUGCGACUUAACCCUCCUGUGAGUGGGGUAAUACGUGAUCUAGCUUGUGAUGUCCAUUCUUCGGGUUACAUCAUACCAAAAGGAUCAAAUAUAUUUUUUGGAACAUAUCUAACGUCACGACAGGAAGAAUACUUCGAAGACCCACUUCUAUUCAACCCGGAUCGAUUUAUUCCCACUGAUGAACUCCCACGGCACCUUUAUGCAUACUUCCCCUUCGCCAUUGGUCAACGGAAUUGUAUUGGACAACAGUUAGCUCUGAUCGAAUCCAAGGUGAUCUUGGCGAAACUGCUGCAGAGCUUCGAUUUCAGAUUGGAGCAGUCCCAACGUCACGUCCUUCUUUCGAAUGUCACCAACAAACCGUUUGACAGAUGUAAAAACUACAUUAGCCUCCGAGACUGACAAGCUGCGUUUAUCAACGUUUAUAGCACCAAGUGACGCAUAAAUGUUCUGAUCAGAAUCUUUUUUCUGUAUUCUAUUUUUGUAUUUGUUUUUAUUUUUAUUAUGUUUUUUUAUUCAUGUCAUUUUUUAUUUUUAUGUUUAUCUAUUUGUAUUUAUUUCUUUUAAUUUAACCCUUUUAUAUAUGUAUUAUUCAUAUUAUUAUAUAUAUUUGUAUUUAAAAUCCAGGCUUAUUAUUUAUAUUUGCACCGCCCUCACGCGACGAACCACGAAUACCCCAAUAACCAGUAAACAUACAAACAACUUCUUAAAAGCAAAUCAAAUCAUAUUCUGAAAUAACAUCUAAAAGGUUACUACGGAUAUAGAUACGCGUAUUGUGAUUUCUAGUACAACACAAAUGGCAAAUUCUUUACUGUAAGUCACAUAAUCGUACACAAAGAUAGCGAUAAUGGGAGGUAUUGUGUGUGUGUGGGGGGGGGGGGUGGCUUGAAAUUACCAAGUAACAUGUUUGACCAUUGUAUUUUACCGAUUCUAAAUAUUUUCAUUUUAUUUAUACCCUUAAUUUUAUGACCUAGAUGGAGUUGGGGAGGAAGUGAGUUAUGGUUAUUAAGUAAGCCUUUUCCAUACCCAGGCAGCCUCUCCAACUCUUAUCCAGGUCUUUUUUUUUCUAUCACGUAAAAUUGUGAUUGAUCUUCUCUCUGAUUUGUUUGUAUUCUCUAUGUUUUUGAAAUGUCAAAUAAAAUAAUAAUAAUGAUUAUAAUGAUUUUAAUAUGACAUGUUUAUACUGUCAAUGAUGUGAUGAUGAUCAUAAUGACGUCGUUGAUUAUUUUUGUUAUGACAUAUAAUUAUGAUGGUUACACUUUUGAUAUUUUCCUUGUAACGUUGCUUAUAUUAUGACGUUCGAUCUAUUUUGUUAUCUACCGUCAUGAGCCCCGUCUUACAAAGAGUUACGAUUGAUCCAAUCAACAUCAACUAUAUGGAAAUCCAUCUAUGUCAUAAUAUUUCUUCAGAAAAUUUGCACAAUGUACUUUGAGAACAAAGAGAAGCACACUGAAUUUUCAAGAAAUCGAUGAAUGUAUGAAUAUACAUCAUAUCUAGAAAAUAUUUUGAACAAACAUGCGUUUUAGAUGUUGACGUUGCUGGCUUUCCAUAGUUGUCGUUGAUCGGAUCAAUCGCAACUCUUUGUAAGACGAAGCCCCGGUGAAGGCCGAUAUGGCCAAAAGCUUGCUUGUUAAAAGCAACAUCAAUGGUGAGCUAUGUCUCGCUCAUUAUUUAUUCCAUGUAAGUAAAUUAUAUAUUGUAUUUACAUUCAUUGUUAUAUCACUGUAAUUAUUAUUGAUUUGUUUAUUUUAUACGAAAUUGGAUCUAACCUUUUUAAUGUCAAUCGGAAGAAAAUAAAUGUUCGAUUGAAUUGAAUCGAAUGUAUGAUUUAUGAAUGAAUAUUGUUUAUAUUUAAUUAUAUUACAUUUUUGGAGGGGGUCAAACUGUUAUCAACGGGCAACAACUUUGCCUCCGUAAGCUUGAUAUUACCAGAAUUCCUCUGAUAUAUGAGUAACGGAGAGUCAUUUUCUAAUCCAAGCCAGGGUUAGAAAUACUUUAGAGGAGGCGUUUUGUAGGUUAUUAGUGUCAGAAUAAUCCAAACACCACAGAAACAACAUGUGUAAUUUAUACUAAGAGCAUCGUUGAUUGGACCAAUCAUAAAGCUCCAUCUAUCAAAACUGGAUAACAACCAUAUCUCUUUUUCCUAGAAUAAUUUGAAAAAUAGUGAAACCAAACUGGUGAUGCAAUCAGGGGAUGAACGUUUUCGAAAUGUGUUCCUGAUAUUAGUCAUAAAUCAUUGAAGAAUAAUUUAUAAUUGCUUUUUAAUAAAGUGUUUGGCAUGCAAUCAUGUCAGUUAUACUA